AACCUGUUUGCGGCUGCGCAUUAUCAUUCGAAAACUUGCACGGUGAGAGGCGCCGUGGAGGAGAAAGACAACGCAGCGAACAAAACACACAAUGGCGACGGCGGCGACAACGGCAGGCGGAACGGGCUCAGGCGGACCAGCCACCGGUCUAGUUGGAAGCGGAACCGCAAUGGGACGAAAGAAGGACGGCGGACCUUCCACUAAAUUCUGGGAGAGUUCAGAGACGAUAUCCCAGUUGGAAACUGUGCGGCUGUGGAUCGGAAAGCACUACAAGAAGUAUGUCCAGAAUGACUCCCCGUCCAGUAAAUCCUUGGCGGGUCUGGUGGUCCAGCUGCUGCAGUUUCAGGAGGAUGCAUUUGGUCGCAGAGUCAACAAUCCUGCUCUCACCAAGCUACCUGCCAAGUGUUUCCUGGAUUUCAAGGCAGGAGGUGCUCUCUGCCACAUCUUGGGGUCGGUCUACAAGUUCAAAAGCGAGCAGGGGUGGCGCAGAUUUGACCUGCAGAAUCCUUCCAGGAUGGACAGGAAUGUGGAAAUGUUCCUAAACGUGGAGAAGAACUUGGUCCAGAAUAACUGCUUGACUCGACCCAUUGUGUUCUUGUCGCCGGACAUCGAGCAGAAACUAGCCAGUAAGCUCAAAGACAUCAUUAAAAGGCACCAGGGCUCCAUUACUGAUGACAAGUCAAAGGCUACCCACCACAUUUACCCCUCUCCACCCCAACAUGAAGAAGAAGAGUGGCUUCGUCCUGUCAUGAGGAAAGACAAGCAGGUGCUGGUGCAUUGGGGUUUCGCCCCAGACAGUUACGAUACCUGGGUGUCGGCCAGCGAGGUGGAUGGGGAUGUCGAGGACCCACCCAGCACUGACAGACCAUGGAAGGUUCAUGCCAAGUGGGUUUUAGACACUGAUGCCUUCAAUGAGUGGAUGAAUGAGGAAGACUAUGAGGUGGAUGACAACAAGAAGCCAGUCAGCUUCCGCCAGAGGAUCUUCCCCAAGGAGGAGGAGUCUUCCCGUACACCCGAUCGCAAGGAGCGCAAGGCCAACUCUGCCGGCAAGAAGAGGAGGCGCUCGCCCUCACCGCCCAGCACUCCUGCCGAGUCCCGCAAGAAGGGGGGAAAGAAGGGGAAUCCGGGGCUUCACUGGAAGCGACGAGGACACAGAGGCGAAGAGGAGGACACAGAGGAGGAUAUGACCAAGGACAUGGAUGACUCUUCAGCCGGUGCCAGCAUGGAGGAGGGCGGGAUGUCCAAGAAUGCAAAUUCAAAGAAAGACAGUGAGAACACCCCUGUGAAAGGGGGAAACAUGGCCGACUUGGUUUUUCCAGAUGACAUGGAAGAUGACUCUGUGCUGUCUGGUGGAAAGGAUGACGAGGAACAGGGCAAAGCUGAACUCAGUCGGCUGAUGGACGCCAGCGAAGACAAUGUGACUGAACAGACUCACCACAUCAUCAUCCCCAGCUACAGCGCGUGGUUUGAUUACAACUGCAUCCAUGAGAUUGAGAGACGAGCUCUGCCCGAGUUCUUUAACGGAAAGAACAAGUCCAAAACUCCUGAGAUAUACCUGGCGUACCGCAACUUCAUGAUCGACACGUAUCGGCUAAACCCUCAGGAGUACCUCACCUCCACCUCCUGUCGCAGGAACUUGACCGGCGAUGUCUGUGCCAUCAUGAGGGUUCAUGCGUUCUUGGAGCAGUGGGGCUUGGUGAACUACCAGGUUGAUGCUGAUAGUCGCCCACUACCCAUGGGCCCCCCACCCACAUCCCACUUCACCGUGCUGGCCGACACACCGUCUGGAGUCAUGCCAUUGAACCACAGACCCCCACCGCAGAUUCCUCCUCCGCAGCCAAUGCCCAACUUUGCAGACAAAGGCAAAGAAAAGGCCAUCGACUUGCAGAACUUUGGCCUCCGCACCGACCUCUACAACAAGAAAAACCCCAAGGCCAAACCUGCCAGCUCCACCAGGGAAUGGACUGAGCAGGAGACUCUGCUGCUGCUGGAGGCUCUGGAGAUGUACAAAGAUGACUGGAACAAAGUGUCUGAGCACAUUGGUUCACGCACCCAGGACGAGUGUAUCCUGCACUUCCUGCGGCUGCCCAUUGAGGAUCCCUACCUGGAGAGCACUGAGGCCUGCCUGGGCCCUCUGGCCUACCAGCCCAUCCCCUUCAGCCAGUCUGGAAACCCCGUCAUGAGCACAGUGGCCUUCCUGGCCUCUGUGGUUGACCCCAGAGUGGCGUCUGCUGCUGCUCGGGCAGCUUUAGAGGAGUUCUCCCGUGUGCGUGAGGAGGUGCCUGCUGAGUUGGUGGAGGCUCACGUGAAAAAGGUGCAGGAGGCGGCCAGGAGCACAGGGAAGGUGGACCCCGCCUUCGGCCUGGAGAGCAGCGGCAUCGCUGGCACCGCCCCCGAAGAGCCGGAAAAGACUGAAACCACAGAAGCAGAGAAGAUGGAUACUGACACAGACUCCCAGCAGGCCGAUAAGGCCGAGUCGAAGGACGAGGCAGAGAAGCCCAGUGAGUCUGCAGAGAAGAGUGGCGACAAGACGGAGGCCUCGGAGAAGGUGAAGAAGGAGGGCACAGAGGCGUCAGAACGUGAGGAGGAGAGCGAAGAGGCAGGGGAGGCCAAGACGGCUCCAGCAGACAAAGACAAGGAGGAAUCUAUGGAGACGUCGUCCUCAGAGCAGGAGAAGGAUAAGGAGGAGAAGGCAGCUACAGAGGAGGGCGAGGAGAAGAGGAAGAAACUGGAGCAUGAUAUCGAAGAGGGUAACAUCGCCACGGCAGCCGCGGCUGCUCUGGCAUCUGCUGCCACCAAGGCCAAGCACUUGGCGGCGGUGGAGGAGAGGAAGAUAAAGUCCCUGGUGGCUCUGCUGGUGGAGACCCAGAUGAAGAAGCUGGAGAUCAAGCUGAGACACUUCGAGGAGCUCGAGACCAUCAUGGACCGAGAGAAAGAGGCGUUGGAGCUUCAGCGACAGCAGCUGCUCACCGAGCGGCAGGCGUUCCACAUGGAGCAGCUCAAAUACGCUGAGAUGAAGGCGAGGCAGCAGAUGGAGCAGCAAGCCGCAGCCGCAGCUGCCGCCGCCGCCGCUGCCGCUCAGGCUCAAGGACAAGGACAGGGACAGGCUCCUGGAUCUGGACCCCACCCUGGGCCCCCUCCACCGGGCAUGCACCCCGGAGGGCCCCAGCCACACCAUGGAGCACCAGUGCCACACCACGGAGGGCCCCCACACGGCGGCGCUAUGCACCCCGGAUACCCACCGAUGGGUCACCACCCUAUGGCGCCUCACCACCCAGGACAGACAGGACCAAUGGGACCCGGGCAGCCAAUGCCUGGACGUAUGAUGCCCGGCCCGCCCUCCGCUGGCCCCCCUCCUGGCGGCAUGCCUCCCAUGAUGCCUCCACGCCACCCUGGAGCUCCCAACGGCAUGUACCCUGGCCCACCACCUGCACAGCCUGAAGCGGUACCUCCAGUUCCUGUGGGUCCUCCAGUGCCCCCGAGCGCUCGAGUGCCUGACAACUAAGACCUACACACACACACACACACACACACACACACACACACACACACACACACACAUAACUCUGUCUCUGAACCUCAGCCCUGAUGUUGAUGGCCUUUGCUACUGGCUCGAUGUUUUCCCCCUCAACACUCAAAACUACUAAAAACGUUAUUACAGGUCAGACACACACACACUCAGGGUUCAGUGGCAAGGGUAACCCAGUUUUAAAUGCACACACACCCAGACUUCCUCUCAGGGCACAGCGGCAAGAGUCGUCUAGUAAUAAACACUGUUUCCUGCUCUGUUGGGCCAGAUGGAGGCUGGAGAGAAUGAGUCUGUGUACAGAAAAUGAAACAAGGGGACAACACAUAAAAAGCUACUCCUGUCUCACCCUCUUUUCUCUUUCCGAUGCUGUUUUACAUGACACUGUAACCCCCUCCCGUUUUCCUCUUGAACACACUCGACACAUCUGCUGCCUCUUUCUCCAAGCCAAACGCUGGGGGGAGCUAGUGAGACAAGAGGGCCAGUCAGACAGCAGGGCUGUGAGUGUGAACCCGAGUUGUAAAUCACACACACACACACACACACACACACACACACACACACACACGAGGGGGCCCAGCCUGCCCUCUUGUCUGGCCGGGUAUCUACCUCUCGCUCCUCUUUAGAUGAUACACUGUAGAUCUGUGUGUGUGUGUGUGUGUGUGAAGGGGUGGAGAUGGAAGAAAGAGGGACGUUUGUUGCCGUUUGUGUGUUUAUGUGAUCACUUUUCAGUUUUGAGACUUUUGCUGUAAUGAGUAAAGUUAAAGAAAUAAACCUCUCAGGUUAAAAACACGUUAUAUAUUGGAGAAACGAGGUGGAAGACGUGUUAAUAACGAGAACUCGUAACUCGUCUCUCUCACUCCUAUUAAAGUAAAAUAGUUUGAUCUGAAACUCUGUUUGACAAGGUGCGUCAUCGUUCUCUGACCCUCUGACUGAAUUUUAAGAGGCUUUCUCUUUUUUUUUUCCUUCUUGUUAGUAAAUCCCAUGAAAAGACCAAAACCAUCAAUGUCCUGGUCCAUCUCUGAUGACUUUCUGACAUCCUUACCCUCAGCUCUCAGUACCAAGCCUACUGGUUCCUGCUGAAGAUGUAAAAUUUUUUUUCCAAAAAGAAAAGUGUAAAAAAUGUCGCAUUUUUCAAAAGACUCCUGAACCGCUGGCUGCUGAAGGUUUUGGUUUUUUUUAAAUCAAAGAGGACUGAACACUGUAUUUGAUGGGGACUAUUUUAAGUGGUGGAUUAAUCCACAUUUGAUGCUAAGUGUUUCAGCAGGAUGGUUCAUAAUGGGUUUGAGUCACAGUAAACUACACUGUGUGUGUUCAUGGUAAUGAACAUAUCACCUGCUGCAGCAGUGUGGCUCACUGCUGCGCUCCUAAUGGGUUUGUUAGCUUUGGUCUUUUAAAGGGAUUUGCUGAUGAUGACGAGGAAAAACAAUCAUCUGAAUUUCAACAUUAAUGCAAAAGUCUCAGAUGUUGAAAAAGUACAGACAGUGAAACACACACACACACACACACAGAAAUGUGAAAUGAGGCUAACACUGGAGGCUGCAUACACACACACACACACACACGCUGACUUGGCCAGACCCUGCCCCACACACACACACUUGGAUAUAAUCUCCUGCUGACCUUCACACAGCCUUUACAGAGAGGGAGACAUCACAACAUGAGCGACGCUCGUCUUCAGCGCGGUGGGCUUCUAGACGUUUUUAGGUGCUGAUACUGUAGCGAAUAAACCCCGCCCCCCCCUCGCCACUGCUCACAGUUUCCUAACGCUUAGUGCUGCCUACCUCGCUAACCGCACCUCACACACACACACACGCACACUGAUUUUUAGCCACGGGAAAACUAAGCAAUAUCCUCCUUCCUGUUUAUCAACCUGCUUUGUGGUCAGCACACUGAAAGUUACUGCGUCACCAGUGAGAAGCAGUCAUGCUCAAACCCUGUGAUGUUACGGUGCGUGAACAAGGGGAACAACCACUGAGAUGAUUAGUGUUAAUCAGGAUCGGUUCUGAUAGUUCUUCAGUUAUAUUUGUAACAAAAACAACAAUGAAUUCUCUGGUUCCAGCGUCUCAAACGUGAAUAUUUUAUGUUGUUCUUUGUCUUGCACGUUAGACUGUUGAUCGAACAAAACAUUUGAAGAUGUCACCUUGAGCUUCAGGAGUUGUAAGUGAAAUAUUCACCAUCUCCUGCCAUUUUAUUGACUUAUUUUUUCAAUAAGAUGUUGAAAAUGGUCGUCUGAUGGCUUCACAUUAAGCCUUUUGUCCAAUCAGCAGUGAUAAAACAUGAGCAGUAGCUGGAGCCACAGUGCGUCUGGUGUUUUUCUUCAUCGGUUAUUUAGAUUUCUUGUUGACUAGUAGAUAAAGACUGCAGUUCAUUUUUUGACUGGUGAAGAAGUCAAAAACAUUUCAGGAUCCACUAGCAGCUGCUGUGAAGCUUUGGAUUGUUCAUCGCAGUGUUGCUCAGCAGCCGUUGAUGUUUGCAUUUCCAUUUCUUCUGAGCUUUUUAUUAACUCUUCAUCAUUAUUUGCUUAAAAGUUGGCGCUCAAAGUUUGACAGUUUUAUAUUUUUUGGGGAGGCGCGUUGAGGUCUUCUCUUCCUGAUCAUAUGAUAUGAUCAAAAGCUCAAGAACUCAGAAACUUUUAAGCCAAUAAUGCUAAGAAGUCUUUCAGAUGCUGAGAAAAAGAUGUGACCUGCUGACAGCUGCUGAGGAAUACCAUGUGACACAGUCGAAAGCUCCAGAACGGCUGUUAAAGGAACCUUGUGACCGGAUUGUUGUGCCAACUAACAUGUGGUUAAUUUCACAUCGUGUCACAAUUGAAGUACUUAAAAUGGAAAGUAAAUUAUUCCGACACUCAUUUCCUCAGAUACUAAACCGCUAUGAGGCACUUUGUCAUCCUGCGUCUCUCUGCAGUGCACACACAGGUUUAGAAAAUAAGCUGAAAUAAGUUAAAUGUGACUUCCUAAGCCUAACGACUCCGCUCCCCCUUUCGCUAGCACCGUUAGUAUCUCUGCUACCUCUUCCUCGCUCAUCCGCUAGCUACCUCCUCUAGAAAUCUUCCUCUCGCUGCCUGCUACCUCUCUGCGCACCCCUUGGCUACCUCUCGUUCCCAUUUCCUUUCCGUUCUCUCGUCUUUUCCCAGCCCACGUGACUGCUCCAUCACCGACUGUUGCCCUCUUCUCCCGGUCUGUCGGAAGAAGAAAACACACACACACACACACACACACACACAUCACACGUACGAUCAUUCGCACACACUGUCGUUCAUCGCGCCCUCCUGUCCCAUUCGACAUGUCACCUGGCUUAUUAUGUAAUAUUACUUAAAUAUGACAGGAAUCCCCUCACAUAUAUUAUCUUUAAUUGCUACUUUUUUGUGUUAAUGGUAAUGUAUUUUUAAGGAGAAGUUUUGUGUAGAUGGAAGUUAUCUCUGUUCUAUGGAAGUUUGUAGCAUUUGUUUUCUCUUUUUAUUUUGUAUGGGGUCUGUUGGUACUUGGACCUAGACACUGUCGAAUAAACUGUGUUUUGUAUGAGG